GCUCGAGCCCACUCGCCGCGCACACUGCCCCCUUUGGGCGCGAGAGUCCUCGCGUCUCUGCCCCCUCUGCUGGGGUCUCCCCGCCCGCGCGCCGCAAUGAAGGCUUCCCAGGCGGCCGCCCUCGUGGCUCUGCUGGCAGGGUGCGCACUUCCGGCGCACGCGGCCACCGACGGCCAGAAUCCCCUGGGCAAGGUGCUGGAGCUCCUCGACUCGCUGUACGCCAAGGUGGCCUCCGAGGGCGAGGCGGAGCAGAAGGCGUUCGUCGAGUACACGAGCUGGUGCGACGAUGCCGCGAGCACCAAGCGCAACGAGAUCACGACGGGCGAGUCGAAGAAGGGCGACCUCGAGGCCUCUAUCGGCAAGCUGGCCAGCGACAUCGCCACGUCCGACAGCACGAUCGAGAAGCUCGCCGCGAGCAUCGCCACGCAGACCAAGGACCUGGCCGAUGCUACAGCCAUCCGCGAGAAAGAGGCUGGUGAGUUUGCAACCAACGAGGCGGAGCUGGCGGACUCCAUCGACACCCUCGGCAGGGCGAUCAGCAUCAUCUCCAAGGAGAUGUCCAAGAACCCUGCGGCGUUCGCGCAGGUGGACACGUCCAGCUUCGAGGGCCUCAUGAAGGGGCUCGCCGCCGUCAUGGAGGCUGCGUCCUUCAACAGCGCCAGCAAGCAGAAGCUGACGGCGCUCGUGCAGGCUGGCCAGGCGGCCGACAGUGAGGAGGACCCUACGGGAGCGCCCUCCGCGACCGUCUACAAGACGCACUCGACUGAGAUCUUGGAUGUCCUCGAGGACCUCAAGGAGAAGGCCGAGGAAGACUUGGCCGCCCUCCGCAAGGCCGAGUCCAACGCGAAGCAGAACUAUGCCAUGCUGAAGCAGUCGUUGGACGAUGCGAACACCAACGACAGCAAGGACAUGGCGGACGAGAAGGCUGCGAAGAGUGCGGCGGAGGAGGAGAAGGCAGCGGACACGAAGGACCUCGAAAUGACCGUGAAGGCGCUCGCUGAUGCGAACGCCGCCUUGGAGAGCAUCAAGACGGAUUGCAUGACAGUGGCAGCAGACCACGAGGCGAGCGUGGCCGGGCGUAACGCCGAGCUCAAAGCUAUCGCCGAGGCCGUGAAAAUUCUGAAGGACACUUCAUCCGGGGCCGUGGAGCAGUCCUACUCCUUCGUGCAGCUUUCCACGGGCAUCCAGACGUCCGUGGACUUGAAGAAGGCGGAGGUCGUCAACGUGGUGCAGCAGUUGGCAAAGAAGUUUCAUUCUUCUGCCCUCGCACAGUUGGCGUCGCGCAUCCAAGCCGUAGUGCGUCUUGGCAGCGCCGCUGGCGAGGACCCAUUUGUGAAAGUAAAGGGGCUCAUUCAGGACCUCAUCGCGAAGCUUGAGUCAGAGGCGUCCGCGGCCGCCGAGGAGAAAGCCUACUGCGACGAUCAGAUGGCCAAGACGGAGGAGAAGAAGAGCGAGCUCGAGGAGGACAUGGCUGCCCUCACCGCGAAGAUCGACAAGGCCGCAGCGACGUCGGCGAUGUUGAAGGCGGAGGUCAAGGAGCUCCAGGCCGAGCUUGCUGCACUUGCCCAGCUGCAGGCGGAGAUGGACAAGAUCCGCAGCGCCGAGAACGCCGCGUACCUCCAGGCCAAGGCUGACCUGACCCUCGGGCUGAAGGGCGUGCGCGACGCCCUGUCCGUGCUUCGCGCCUACUACGGCGGCGCCGCCUCGAUGCUCCAGGGCGGCGCCGACGCCGCGCAGCCCGCGAAGCCGGUCAGCCACUCCAUGGCGUCGGGGGCCGGCGGCAGCAUCAUCUCGGAGGGGGGGGUCGUGGAGAGCGAUUUUGCGAAGAACCUCGCAACGGAGGAGGCCGAGGAGGACGAUGCGCAGGCCGUGUACGACAGGACGACCCAGGAGAACAAGGUGACCAAGACCAUGAAGGACCAGGGCGUGGUGUACAAGACGAAGGAGUUCAAGUCUCUUGACAAGAGCGUGUCAGACAUGACUUCCGAUCGCGCGGGCAAGGACACCCAACUCAAGGCGGUACUGGAGUACUACGCCCAGGUGAAGGACCGCUGCAUCGCCAAGCCCGAGAGCUACGAGGAGCGCAAGGCCCGCAGAGAGAGCGAAGUCGCUGGUCUCAAGCAGGCGCUGUCCAUCCUGGAGUCGGAGACGGCUCUGGUGCAGCUACGCUCCAGGAAGCGCGCCGCCAGGGACGGCUUCCUCGGCCCCUCGGCGCACUGA